AUGUUUGUUUUCCCGCGAAAAAGGGAAAAUCUUAUGCUUUUGGAUGACGGGCCGCCAGGAUCGUUUGCCCUGUAUCAUGAAAGUGGAUGGAUCCAAAAGGAAACUUUCAUCCUUUGGUUCAAGAAAUUCAUCGAGUUUGCUUGUCCCACAGCUGAAAAGCCAGUGCUUUUGAUUCUGGAUGGACAAACUUCCCACACGAAAAAUAUAGAACUCAUCAGAGUAGCACGAGAUAGUUACUUUAUCAUCCUGAGCUUUUCUCCACAUUCAAAACUUUACAAGGAUGCCGUUUUUAGAGCAGCUGUGCCACAAACUGCUGUAAGUGGUUUUCUAAAAACGGGAAUAUUCCCCUUUAAUCGAGAUGCGUUUCCUGAUCAUCUGUAUGUACCAUCGGAAGGCCCUGGUGAUGAUGCCCGCUCUCCAGUAGUCAGAACUGAUGAGUUCUGGCAACCAGAGCUGCUGAGGACCAGCCUUCCAUAUCUGUGA